UUGAAUAUUGUAGGUGUAUGGGUGUUUUUCUCGAUUUAUCCCGCAAGACAAACUAAUAGAAGCAAGGCAGGAGAGAACACUAGAAGUAGAUUACGGGUGAAGAUAACAUAGUCAGUGCCAUGAGUGAAUCAUUAGAUACAAUUCCCGAAGAAUUCAAGUCGGACAAAACCAUAGUGCCUUUUAUAACUAGGUCAAACGAGUUGGAAUCAGUUAAUCCAAUUGUCAGUUAUUAUUGUAAGAUAUAUGUGCUUGAGUAUAUAUUGAAUAAUAAGUUGCAUUUGAAAGGUGGUGAAUGUGAAUCUUUCACGAUCAAGUUACUUGAUCUUACUGAAUCAAUGAAGAAGUCUACAGAAGAUGAAUCUUUGAAUAAAGUAUUGAAUGAUAAGCAAUUAUCAAUAAAUUCGGUCUUUUCAUUUGGUUUUAAGAUUUUCAAUAGUGCUUUAGAAUUAGUUUCAAAAUACGAUGGUAACAAAAUAGCAUUGGCCCAGAAAUUGAAAGUUUCAAUACAGUUUUUAUCAUUAUUAACCAUCUUCACAGAAAAUGGAAAUGAUCCUGCGAUUGAUUUUGGAAAAUUGACGGGAGGAGUGACUCCAACAAACGAGGAAUUUGAGAAAUUUAUUAAAGAGAAGAUAAAGAUUGCGAAGUAUCAGUUAUCCAGAUUGAUUAAAAAUGAAAUACCACUUCAUAGUAGUGAAGAAUUGUAUGAUGAAGAGUUAGAAGACGAAUUGGAACGAGAACUUAAUAAUCUAGACACCAGUAAGCCUGGUGACGAUGUCAAAGAUGACGACUUGGGAUUGCCUGCAACUCCUACAUUUAUAGAUGAGCAAGAUCUGAACUUACCAGAAGACGACGGUCUGAGCUUACCAAAGGAUGAAGAUGACGAAUUGGGCUUACCUAAAACUCCAAGUUUUAUUGAUGAAGAAUCGAAACCAGCACCAAAUGGGAACGAUUUAAACUUGCCUGGAGCACCACAUUUCUUACCUGAGUCAGAUGACGCUAAAAUUGAAGAGGAUUCUGACGUUAAAUUACCUGGAGCACCAAAAUUUCUUCCAGAUGAUGAUUUGAGUCACAUCAAUAAAAAUUCAUCGAUCCAGGUCUACCCACCUGGCAAUAGUAGGAAAUCGUCUGCAGCUUCUGUUCCACCAGCGGCCAAGGCUCAACCAACACUUUCACAUUCCCAACAUAUAACAAAGGAAAACUUGAGUCAAAUCAUUGAUAAAACCGAUCAUAUUGCUAAAAUUCAAAAACAUGCUAAGUUUGCCAUAUCGGCACUUAAUUACGAAGACUUAAAUACUGCUGAAGACGAAUUAUUAAAAGGAUUAGAAAUGUUAAGAAGUAUUAAAGAUUAGUUUAUAUUAAUAUACGUUACAGA